CAGGAGGAGGAGGAGAAGAAGAAGAAGAAGAAUGAACGGUCUGAGCGGCAGCUGCUGCUUGAGCUCCUGCAGAAUCUCGAACCACAGGCCUGGCGGCCGAAGCAGCUCUCACGGAUUGAAGUUUCUCUCGAAUUUCAUUCUCUGUGGAAGGGAACAAUCGUGGCGCUCCGGUCAAAAUGGUUAGGAGAUCUUCAGGACCUACGAAGCAUCAUCGAGACAUCGUUCCUUCUUCUGGAGCUAGUGGUCUCACCAAAUUUGAGAAGAAGACGCUGCUCAGUUCUAUCGCAGUGGCGAAUUUGAUUGCAGUAGAUGUGGCAAAGGCAUUGAGCACCGAGAAUGUAAUGAAUUAUUUUCCUUCGGGUCAGGAAGUGGCUGCUCCGUUUUGUACCAUAGCUGAUGGAAAUCUUGGAGAUUGGUUUGGAGGCUUCCUAUACACAGCUGGACAACAGGCCAAUGAAGCCGUUCAAGAUCAACUUUCUGCACUCAGUUUUACUAGUUUGGCGGUUAUAUUUGGGGCCGGGCUUGUGACCAGCCUCUCACCAUGUACAUUGAGUGUAUUACCUCUGACUCUUGGUUACAUAGGAGCAUUUGGUUCCGGAAAAGGCAGGACAGAGAUCAUUGGGGAUUCAAUUGCAUUUGCGUUAGGACUAGCCACUACGCUGGCACUUCUAGGAGUUGGAGCCUCAUUUGCUGGAAAGGCAUAUGGCCAGAUAGGGCAAGGAUUACCCGUGGCUGCUUCUGCUCUGGCUGUUAUUAUGGGUCUAAAUCUCCUUGAGAUAAUCGAGUUUCAGCUUCCGUCAUUCUUCGACAACUUUGAUCCCCGUGCUGCUGCUGCCAAUUUCCCAUCAAGUGUGCAAGCAUAUUUAGCAGGCCUUACGUUUGCAUUAGCAGCUUCUCCUUGCAGUACACCUGUUCUCGCCACUCUGUUGGGAUAUGUUGCUGCAUCUAGGGAUCCGGUAAUUGGGGGAAGCUUACUUCUAACAUAUACAACCGGUUAUGUAACUCCUUUACUUCUUGCUGCUUCUUUUGCCGGAGCAUUGCAGAGCCUGCUUUCAUUCCGCAAGUUCUCGGCAUGGAUCAAUCCCGUGAGUGGUGCACUUCUCUUGGGAGGGGGCAUUUACACGAUUCUAGAUAGGCUUUUCCCACCAACAAUGGCAAUGUAGACAGUAAAUAAUGGUCAUGAACAGAAUAGACAAUUGAGGAACAUCUCUUCACAAUGAUUCGCGCUCACUGUGACGCUCAGGGUUUCACAACUUAUGUAUACGACGAUGAUCGAUAUGGAAGAUAUGGAAAAAGUGAGGACGAAAGAGGCAGAACAUGGACCUGCCCUCUUCGAUCUUUCCAUCUUUUGUUUUGUUUUUCUGGUUGAGUAUUGCCCUUAAGAA